AUGGAAGACACUUUAAAGUCAAAUUUACAGGCAUUGAUAAUACUUAUCAAACGAAAGAGUGAAGAUAAUGAGUCAGAUGAAGAAAUGGAAGGUCUAUGUCAGAGAGGGUUGGACACAGAGUGCUGUGUGUUCUGUAAAGUUAUACGGGGAUGUGCAUGUCCAGGGGUUGAACGUGGUGAAUCCUGUGCAGAAUGCUUUAUCAAGAGCAAGGCAAAUGUUGGAGGAUGGAAGGGUGUUAGGGAUGACUUGCUGUUUCUCCUUGAAGAAGAGUUGUAUGAUGUAAACCUAUGCGCUCUUCAUUGCAAGCUGCGGAAUACAGAGCAGUUGCUAUGUUCACUGGGAAUGUUUGCGUAUGAGUAUGGGAGCCUUAAAAAUUGCAAUGCUGUUUUAGCCGAGUAUGGACCAGACAGUAUGAAGGGAAGGGACAGAAUCGUAGUAAAGACAAAGCCUGGCCAGGAAAGUGGUAUUGAGCGGCACAUCAUUCAAGUGUUGUCAUUCUCAGGUUCAACAGAACGCAGGUUUCUUGAGAACAUUGAAGAAAUUGUCACCCAGUCACUGCCAUUAGAAAACCUGAGAAGGUUUUUUAAAGACAAAGAUGUUGCUGAAACAUACUUAUUAAAUCAGAUUACAUUCUGUGAGGAAAUGAUCCAGGUAAACUUCCAAGGAGUUAGGAAAAAGAGGAACACUGACUUAGUGUGA